CGGAUUUAUUUGAUGCAGUGGGUCAGCCUCAAUAAAAGUAUGGCGCUGUCUGAGUCUGCCCCACUCAGUAUCGCUCUUGGGCGGCAACGCAUGGGGGGCUUGGACCAACCUCAGCUUUUAGUGAUAAAAUUCGUGUUGCUGCCCUAGUGACAUAAUCUAUUUAAUUUUCCACUGCAAAUUGCGAUCUUGACCCUAACCCCUAUUGCUGGGUUUUUCGAGCACAUUGUCACUGCCACGCUUUUCUCGGACUUCUGCGACCUAGUACAUUCAUCAUGGAGGCUGAGAGAAUUAAGACUGCCGUCAAGCUGAUGCAAGAUGGUGACAAGGCCUCUCAAAAGGGGCUCUUUAAGAAACCUGACUGGGAUAUAGCUGGACAAAAUUACGAAAGAGCAGCAACUGCCUUUAAAGUUGGAAAAUCUUACGAACAAGCCGUGCAGGCCUACAAUAAGGCAUCAGAGGCUUUGUUGAAGGCAGAUGCUACACACUUGGCUGGUAAAGCCAUGGAGAGCGCAGCUCAAAUUCUUGCUCAAAAUCUCCAUCAACCUGACCGAGCAGCAGAUGCUUACAGACGUGCCAGUGAGCUGUUUGUUACUCAAGGUAGUGUGGAUCGUGGUGCCGAGCAACUGGAGAAGGCUGCCAAGGUGAUGGAAAAUGUCGAUGUCAAUGCUGCUAUUGAUCUGUAUUCGCAAUCAUGCUCGUUGUAUGAACAGGAAGAUCGCGGUCGGUUUGCUAUGGACACCUUCAAGAAGGCUAUCUCAUUGCUAGUCAAGACUCAAAAAUAUGAUAGAGCUGCGGAUAUGUUGAACCGACAAUCUGUUGUUUUGCAAAAAAUGACCAACAGGGGAGCCCUUCACAAGGCCAACCUCAGCAUCGUUAUACUCAGUUUAGCCAUGGGAGAUGAGGUCGAGGCAAACAAACAAUUCCACAACUUUUGCUCGCGUGAUGCCGGCUUUCCUCAAUCAGAGGAAGCAGAGAUCAGUGAUGAUUUAAUCAAGGCUUAUGAGCAUGGAGACGGCGAACUCUUGGCAAAGACAGUUCGGCGGCAAAACAUAACAUUCCUGGAUAAUGAGAUCGCAAGGUUGGCUAGAUCUUUGGGUGUUCCUGGUGAAAACAUCAGAAGCAAUAAUUAUGGAGCACCACAAGCUGCCGGAAAUGCGUAUCCACAGCAGUCUUAUGGAGAUGAUUUGAUGUAGAUGAAAGGCAAUAGCUAUUGCGGUAUUCUAAAGAGUUGAUUACAUUAUGACCCAAUAAUGAUUUACCCUGUGGUGGAAGAUGUGAGCAGUGAUUCCUCAGA